UCCUGGCCUGGCCUGGGCUGGGGCAGCGGCCAUGCAGGGCUCCAUGGUCCGUCGCACGCAGGAGCUGCUGGGGCGAGUGAUCCGGAAGCCGCCCCUCACGGAGCGCCUUCUCAGCAAGCCCCCCUUCCGAUACCUGCACGACGUGAUUGGGGAGGUAAUUAGAUCAACUGGUUUCAUGAAAGGACUGUACACAGAAGCAGAGAUGAAAUCUGAUAAUGUUAAGGAUAAAGAUGCAAAAAUCGGCUUCCUUCAGAAAGCAAUUGAUGUUGUCAUCAUGGUGACGGGGGAACCUUUGGCAGUGAAGCCUGCACGUAUUGUUGCUGGGCACGAACCUGAAAGAACCAAUGAACUACUCCAAGCAAUUGCCAAAUGCUGUCUUAAUAAGCUAUCCAGUGAUGAAGCUGUUCAAAGAGUCCUUGCUGGGGAGAAAGCUGAUAUGAAAGGAGGGAUACCAUCUUCUAAAACCCAAAACAGAACAGAAGAUCAAAGAUCCCAUAAAGAGGGAAGAGGUGACUCAGAAAUAAAAGACCGAAACUCAAUUCAAGACCAAAAACCCAAAGAAGAGAUAAAAGAGGAAGGGAGCAAGCGAAAAGAAAGAGAAAGUGACAAACAUAAGGAUUAUGAGAACCGGCACAAAAAUCUUGACAAAGACAAUUUUAAAGAAGGUGAGAAACAUGAAAGAGAGAGAAAUAAGAAUAGGUCAAGCAAACAGGGAAGAGAGUCAGAGAAAAUCAGAGACAAAGAAAAAGGAGAUGGGGAAGAAGAAAAAGAGGAGCAUGAUAAAGAAAGGGACAGAGAAAGGAAACAACAUGAGGGUGGAAGAGAAAAAGACAGAUUAAGAGAAAAAGACAAGGAGAGGGCCAAGGAACAUGAGAAGAUCAGAGAAAGGGGAAAAGAUCGAGAAAAAGAUAAACGAAGGGAACGUGUGAAAGAGACGGAGCAGUCACGUGAACAAGGAAAGGACAAGGCAGAUAAAAAGUCUGCAGGAUCAGAGGAGAAUGUAACUAAAAAACUGUUGGAACGAUCUGUAAAAGAUAAAGCUGAGCCAGAUAAAGAAAGUGAAAACAUAGCAAGAUUAUCAAGGCAACAUUCAACAAAGGGACCAAGACAACGAGCCAAACCUGUCGGUGAAGGGCGAAAAGAAACUAGUAAAAGUGUAUCUAGUGGUGCAAUUGAAAGAACAGCUAACAUGUUAAAACAGAAAAUUGAGCCAGUUAUUACAGCACAAGAGCCAGCUACACUUGCAGAUGAAAAACCAGCAACUGUUUUACAUGGAAAAGCUGAGCCAGAAAUUGCAGUAAAACAGAGAGGUGACUCAUCCAGUGAUGCAGAAGGAGAUGUUUUGAACACUGCUGCCCCUGAAAAAAUUGUUGUUUCUGAAAAUAGUGAAAUUACUAAUGAGCUUCCUCCUCAAGUCACCCAAAGAAGACUUCCACGACCCAGCAGUGCAAGACCAGCUCCACCCCGGAUAAAACGCCAAGAAAGUACAGAAGUUUUAGCACCAGAGAGAAAUGGCAGUGCCAAAAUAGUGACAAAUGUCAUUAUAGACAAAGAGGAGGAAGAAGACGAUGAUCAGUUUGUUGUGGAGGCAGCACUGCCUGAAAUGGCAGAAAUGGCAAUGGAGGCAACAGUAGAGUUGGAAGAAGAUGAGAAGCACGGUGGGCUUGUCAAAAGAAUAUUGGAAACAAAGAAAGAUUAUGAAUUGUCACAGUUGCCAAAAUCUGCUGAGAAGGAUAAACCACUUUUGUCAGAAGCAGCAAGGAGAAAAGAGAAAGAUCUAGUAGCAAAGGAAAUAGAGAAGUUCCGUGGAUCCAUUCAGGCCCUUUGUCGAAGCGCUCUCCCCCUUGGAAAAAUCAUGGACUAUAUUCAGGAAGAUGCGGAUGCCAUGAAGAAUGAACUCCAGAUGUGGCAGAAUGAAAAUAAACAACUUGAAGAGGCCCUACAGAAAGAACAAAGUAUUACAGACAGUGUUGUAGAACCAUUGAAAGUAGAACUUGCAGAACUGGAUCAGUUGAUCAAAGAUGAACAAGAUAAGAUUUGUGCUAAAAUGGCCAACGUUUUAAAAAAUGAUGAAAAAAUUCAGAAGAUGGUUCAUAACAUCAACUCAAGGAGGUGAACAAUGGAACAUGAGAGCUGGAAUGGAUUUUCUUCUAAUUAGAAGAAAUAAAUCUUUGUGUUGAAAGAAAACUGUUGCAUACAGCAGCAAAUACAGUUUCAAAUAAACUUAUUCACGUGAUGGUGUAUGGCCUCAGGAGAUUUAUAUUGUGUAGGUGAAAUUUGCCAUUUAUUCAAUGUUUGUAAAAAGCUUUAAAAAACAGUCAAUGCAAAACAUUCGCUUUAUUUAACCUAUAUUGUGAUAGGUUUUCUAUUGUCAGCAGACUUCACUUUCCUGGAUUAUUUAAUAUCAAUAUACUCUGAUCAGGUUUUGUACCGUUCAUGUCUAGUAUAUGUGUGGCAUUUUGAGCAAUAUAUAAAUAUAUUUUAUGAAAUUUUGGGAGUUUGCUGUUGGAGUAGCUUGAAAUAUGACCUUAUGUUGGCAAACCGUUUAAGAAGAAUUAUUUAAAUAUUCAUGCAGAUCAAGAAGUAAAAUUGGAUUUAUCUGUAUUUCCUUAAGUCAUACAAAUAAGAAAGACAACAAAAUAAGUUUAUCUAAACAUGUUAAUUAUACUUUCCUUUAUUUACUUUGUUAAGUACUUUUUCUCCAACUAAAUGGCCAGUCAUGUAUGUUUUUACUUUAAAUCAUUCUGAGAGAAUUUGAGCAGGGGGUGUAUGCAUUUUUGCAUGGAGGGUUUUUUGGGGGGGGUCCAUUUUUUUUAAGAGUACCUGCAAUACUUGCACUUGGAGACCCCAUAAAUCUUGGAUGGUCUUGGUAAUCAACCAUAUUUGUGGCUUCUAGGACUGUAUCCCUUGCCUAAUGGAAGUACUGUCUCAUGUCAUACUGAGUUGUGGGGAUGUUCUUAAGUGCCUCACAUUGCAAAGUCAAAAAUAAUGCAGCUCUGGAAUAGGCCUGAAAGGUAACUGUUGCAUUGCAUUUCCAGGGUGCUAGGAACUCCUUCAAGGCACAUUGAAGCAACAAAUCCCAGCUCUUCUCCGACACUUGAGACAAGGGAGUCCCUGCUGUUGUGCUCUGCUUCUGGGGUGUCCCAAGCACCUUGGAAGCAAACACAACACAUAUCCCUCCUUCUGAUUUCUUAGUUCAGGAAAGGGAUAGAGUGUUUGUGCAGAUCUUCUGGAGCAUUUAAGUCUUUCUGAAGUGUAGCCCAGCUGCUUCGUGGUAAUGUUUUCCCAGCUUCAAAUUCAUGAAGAGGGUUGGGACUUGUUCACGUUGCAUUGCACUUGCAAAGUGCUUAGAGUGCCUUAGAAACAGCACACCUGCAUGGAUUUCCCAUCCCAUUUUACUUCAAGCUUGGAAGGACACCUGAGGCUUGUCAUGCUUGGCAAAAGUGGGUAAGGACACACCAUGAUGUCUGUGCUUGUGGACCAUUGCUUAUAGAUGUCCCUGUGUCAUAUAAACACAGACUACCGGGGUACUUAUAAUCUGAAUCUUUUGAAGCUACACCAUUAUUUAAGUGAAUGUGAUUCAAGUUUCCAUCUCCCCCCCCCCCCCGGUGGAUUGGAUUUGAGAAAUCUCAUGGUCUCUUCGUUUGCAUAUCUACCAUCUCUCCAUUUUCUCAUAAAAUUAUAUUUCUUAUGGGUUACGUAUGGCUUGCUAGAUGUUGCACAGGAGAAAUGUAAUGUGGGAUGUGGUUUGAAACCUUGUGCUUAUUGACUGAGAAGUCUCAAAAAUGUUUGAGGCUUGGAGAAAAAUGCUGUGUUGCAAUAGUUUAGCAAGCUAUUUAAUAAAUUGUGUGCACUUUAUCAGUCUGACACCCUGAUCAAAACAUUUGGAAGUAAUGACAUUUACUUCUAAUAAAUAACACAGCUUAGGAUAACAGUCUAAGCCCUUAUUGAGGGGUGUAUAUGAUUUGUGUUCUAACUAGUAGAGUUUUUUCCACUGACUGGUUCCCGCUGCCUUUAUUAAGAAGCCAUCCCAAAAUUACUAUAACAAAUGUUUUUGCAUAUAUUUCAAAGUAACUACAGAGCCUUAGUGUAUGGUAUGAUUGUCAUAUUUGGAAAGGGAUAUUAGAAGUUAAUUUGGGGAAAAUGUCUUAAAAAGCAUCAGCAGAAGUGCUGAACUGUUUUCAGCUGCAGUCUUUUCAAAAUGCUUGUAAUUGUAUAUACGACUGAAUUCAGCAUUGAAAAAAAUCCAGUCACAUUUAUGUGUGGAUCUGUAUAUAUGGUUAAAGCUGUUUGUGUUAGAAGAAUCCAGCAUUUUCUGUAUCUGAGUAAAAAUGUACAGCCUAAAAUAUAAUUUGUAUUAUAAAUUUAUUUUCUUUUUAUAUAUAAUAAUUAAAUGACCUAUUUUUUCUAUGAA